CGGCGGCGACGGCGGCGGGAGGUUCGGUUGGUGCCCGUGGGCCGCGAGGCGCCGCGGUCGGCGGCCGCCAUUAAAGCUUGUCUCCAAUCUGCCGGCUAGAGGAAAGUCCCCAUGGUGCAGAUCGUGAUUUCCAGUACUGGGGCUGGAGGCCUGGCAGAAUGGGUGCUGAUGGAACUGCAGGGGGAGAUCGAAGCUCGCUACAGCUCCGGAUUAGCUGGAAACCUCCUGGGAGACCUGCAUUACACCAUCGAGGGAAUUCCGGUUCUGAUUGUGGGGCAUCAUAUCCUGUAUGGGAAAAUUAUCCGGCUGGAGAAGCCAUUUGCUGUUCUGAUCAAAUGCGGUGCAGGGGAGCUGGGGUGUGAUGACAGUGGCAGAGAGCCGUCAACCCGAUACGAAGUGACCGCGCUAAUCAAGAACAAGAUUCUCUUCAAAACCCGCCCGAAACCCAUCAUCACUAACGUCCCCAAGAAAGUAUGAAGGAGCCCAGGAUUUUUUCUAGAGA